AUGCUAAAUGAAGUCACGAAGUUGAAAGAAAGACGACGAUUGCUCGCACGACGUGAAUGCAACCGUUGUCACCCGGUCUCCCAGGCUCGGAUACCGUGGAGCCAGUGUAGUCGCCUCGGCGACUCAGGCGGGACUCGGGCUCGUCAACGUGUCGGGCAUGGAAGUAGCGUGAAAGUGAGGCAAAAUAGUGCGCUCGUGAAUGGUUCUGCAUGCCGCCUCAGCUCGAUCUUGAAGGCUUGCAUGUCAGGCGGAGGGGCCGAGGCCCGAGGCCCGAGCCCACUCGCCUCGUCGUCCCGCCGGCAAGCCCUCGAGGGAAAGGCUCAGGCCGGUGACGCAACCGAGGAAGACGCACUGACAAGCCUGAACAGACUCGGACCCCAAGUCGACCGGGGGUCGUCGGCACCGUCGACUUGUCCGCGGGCCUCAAACCGAGCCUGCAUCCCCUCGUGCCCCCAGGUCUGGCUGCACAUCGAGAGCCAUCUUCCACCGGACUCCUCUCCCCCUACCCUCCCUCUCAUUGCAGAAGCAUACUUUCACGUCUUCUCGAGAUACUACUCAUACUCCACACCCUCCACACCCUCCCCACCGUCUUUGCACAACUCGACUGGCACACGGCGAAGUUAUCUGAUCCAAACGUCUCGCCAGGCAGAUUGGAGAGUUGACGUGUUUCGGCUCGAUUCAACUUCUCAUUCUGUCGCAAGAGAGAGAGAGAGUAGAGAAAGAGAGAGAGAGAUGCCUAAAGCUGCUGGCUCGUGUUGGCUUGUUCAAUCUCCACAGACAAUCCAUCUUUCCCAUUUCACAAGUCAAAAGUCAUGCAAAUGUCCGCGGUUACUUUUAACUCAUCUAAAAUAUGCUAAUUCCGAGAAAGCGUUUUGGUCGCACGCGUUUGAUACCGCUGUCGGCUGCCCCUUAGAGGCCCUGGACUUGUGCUACACUUGGCCAGAGGCUGUACCGACGGCUGCCUCCUCCCAACCCCUACCUGGGCAGGAGGCGCAAAUUCCGUGUUGCCGCCCAACCCGAAGUCUGAUUGCCUGCACACGAGGCCGGAGACAUAAGGGCCUUCAUCUCCGGAGAUGA